CACAAAAAGUGAGAUUUCAUGAAGGCGGCCAUUUGGAAAUGAACAGGAAUAGCCCUUCUAUUGCCCCUAGUGGAACGAUGAUAAACUACAGGGCAGAAAACAAAUUAUAUUUAAUGGGUUUUAAGGUUCUGAUAAGAUAGGGAUCUCAGAAAAAACAUUUUCUAUGGGUGAUGUCAGUCUCACUGGGUCCAAUUCUCAUAUGCAGUCAAUGGAUGGAACCAAAACCUCCAAAAAUAACAUACGUGAAGCUGAUGUAGAUUUGGGUGACUCAUAGGUCUGUGCACCCCUGCAGUGUUUGUGUGUUUAUUCUGGUUUUGUUAUCUUUAGGAAUGUCGGCGCUCUCCUGACAAAUGCCUCUGCGGGAGCUGAAAACUGGAGUAGGAGUGAGAGCGGUGGGCGGCGGCUGCUGAGGAAACGGUGCAGCACCAGGAGGAGGAACACGUGGACAACAACGCCAUCAACACUCAUCUGCGGCUGCCGCCAGGCGCCACGGUCAGCAAGGAGCGGAGGCAGAAAGGAUCCCGCCAGCAGAGGGCGUAAGAGACCGCCUCUUCGUCUCAAGUUGGUAACCAUGGAAACGGCUGUGUCUGGGCCUUCGCAGAAACGUUCACGCGUCGUUCGUUGACCAAACAAAAGCAACAAUGGAUGGAGUUUCUCCACAUCACACAUAUCACGUGGAGUCGUCCGCGCUCGUGAACGCGUCGCUGGAGAGACACCGGAAGAAGAAGAAGGAGGACGAAAACGACCCCAAACACGCCGAGGUGGACUCUCCUCCCCGGCUUUCCUGCGAGGACUUCACGGUGGAGUUCGGAAAAGAGCAGAUCGAAACUCUUAUUGAAACGUGGGGGGUCCGGUCCUGCUGGCGUCACAGUCUGGACUUUCUUUACGUCACCGAGCUGGAGCACUGCGGCGUGUUCCACUACCGGGCUCGCUUCAGCGCCCCCACGGCUCGACAGCCCAUUAGCCAGACGGCUAGCGUCUUCUUUGGGGUGGAAGUGUCAAAGUUCGCACCCCGGGCGACCCCGCUGGAGGUCCACUUCGUGGUGGAGUCGAACAGGCUUGUGAACACCUCAGGGAAGCACCGGUUCCGAGAAACCUGGCUGACUGACGUCAUCGACAGUAAAAAGCGGCUCGGAGCAGAGGCGGACCUUUGAACUAGCUAGUUUAGCUAACAUGUUGUAAACAAACGCGUUUAAAAUAAAUUUGUUAUGUAACCUCGACGUGUACGCGAAUUUUGGAAUAGUUUGUUUAACGCCAGCUACAAAUCCUUACUCGAAAUCUGAAAACAUUAAUGUUUUGAACCUAAUCUGAUUAAGAAAAAAAUAAAUCAUUGAUAUGUAAUGUA